GUGUACGUGCGCGCGUGUGCGUGAUGACUCAAGCUGUCUCCGCCUACCACCUUCUUCUCGGAUUGAUUCUCUGGAAGUCAUUAAUAACGACGUAAACGCCCUGCGGUGCCGUGUCCGUGUACUGUACUGUCGUGUCGUGUCACCCUAAAAUAAAGUCCGCAGAUGAACAACAUCUGACGUCACAUCGGCCCGCGUGCACGCGCUGCCGACUCUCGAGCGAAAGCCGGAAGCGACUUUUACCAUCGACUCCAAAGCAACGAGGAAGUCACGACCAGCGAACUUACUUUUUUUUUUUUUAAUUUCUUCAUCUUUAGCCUUCCUAGUCCACUUUUGAAGAAAAAAGGCCUGGUUCGGAAAGCUAUUUCCGGACUGCCCAAUGUGUUCUGGUGCACCAGAGGUGACCAUUAAGUCUUUUUAAUGUUUGAACUGUACACGAACUGAAGCUUGACCAUGGCCCAGUGGAAUCGCAUGAGCCAAUUGCUACAUUACCUUCCUGAUCACAUCGACGACCUCUACCCUGCAGCCACCUUUGCCAUUGAAGUGCGGCACUUUUUGUCUGACUGGAUUGAGGAACAAAGAUGGGAGGAGUUUGCAUUGGAGAACGUGGAGCAGGAGGCAAACGCUCGGGCUCUCUUAGACGAGAUCAUCCUCCGGCUGCAGUCGUUUUCGCAGCAAAACGCCAACGUGGUGGACAAAAUGAAGCUGAUGCAGAUUAGUAGGAACAUGCACAGCAUGUUCCAGCAGCAGUCGCUUAAGUUUGUAGUGAUGGUGAGGGACACCCUGCGCAAAGAGAGGGUUCUGCUCGACACUGCAAGCCAGGUAAACAGCCUUCCCCAGUAUCCUCUAUAUGGCACCAGGGAAUCCACAUUCCCCAAACAGCAGGAUGUAGAUCACUUGGUUCUCAAAGUGGUGGAGGUCCGGGACCUGCGAAAGAAGAUACACCAGCUGCAGGAAGAGCUUAAUUGGGAGAGGCAGAACUAUGAGUCUUUGCAAGGUAGGAGGCAACAGAAUGGACUGGAUCCCACAGCCUCAGAAAUCAACAAACUACAGAAACACAUCCAGCAGCUGGAGUACAAUGUAACCGCCAUGGCAACGAAACGUUUCCAGCUGCUCAAUGAGAGUGUGGACUGUCUGGACCAGUGUCAGGCACAACUACUCAGCAGGCUAAAGACUUGGAGGUGGGAGCAGUACAAGGCGACCAUCGGACAUCCUUUUGCUGAUGACCUCAAUAUCUUGCAGAUGCGGUGUGAGCAGCUUCUUGGUGUAAAUGGCAAUCUGAGGCAAGAACUAAUGAUCAUAGGGGACCCAAUCCCAGAGCUGCAAGAAAGGCUCAGACAACUUCUGCAGGUUCUUGUUCAAAGCUCUUUUGUGGUGGACAAGCAGCCCCCUCAUGUCAUUAAGACACAAUCCAAGUUCUCCACUACUGUGCGCUACCUGCUAGGGGAGAAAGUCGCAUCGGGGAAGCCUGUGGUGUUGAGGGCACAAAUUAUUAAUGAAAUGCAGGCCAGAAGCUUGAAUAUUACACUCAGUGAUAAUGUUGGAGAAGUAAUCAAUAACACAGCCAUUCUUGAACACAACACAGCCACCAAGAGCACAUGUGCCACCUUCAGAAACAUGUCCAUCAAAAAGAUCAAGAGAGCAGACAGGAAGGGAUCAGAGUCUGUGACUGAGGAGAAAUUUGCCCUCCUCUUCUCAACAGAGAUCACCAUCACAGGCUGUGACACUCCUUACAAGAUACAGAUGAUCUCGUUGCCAAUAGUUGUUAUUGUACAUGGCAGCCAAGAAAAUAACGCAAUGGCUACCAUCAUAUGGGAUUGUGCUUUUUCCGAACCAGACAGAGUGCCGUUUGUGGUGCCAGAGCGUGUCCCCUGGAAAGUAAUGUGUAACACUCUCAACAGUAAGUUCACUUCUGAGGUCCAGACAAAUCAUAACCUUCACCACUACAAUCAGCACUUCUUGGCCCAGAAAAUAUUUGAUAAGCCAGAUUUUAACGAUGACUUCAGCAACAUGAUGGUUUCCUGGCCUCAGUUCAAUAAGGAAGUGCUCCCCGGACGACUGUUUACUUUCUGGCAGUGGUUUGAGGGAGUGAUGGAGUUAACCAAAAAACAUCUGAGAACAUAUUGGAGUGACGGGCUCAUAUUUGGUUUCAUUGGCAAGCAACAUCUACACCUGAUUCUCAAAGCCAGGCCCAACGGAACAUUUUUGCUUCGCUUUAGCGACUCUGAGAUUGGAGGCAUCACCAUUGCUUAUGUUUCUGCAGCUGAGAAUGGUAGACAGAUCAUUCAAAACAUCCAGCCCUUCACCAAGAAGGAUCUUGAAAUCCGUAGCCUUGGUGACAGCAUUCGAGAUAUCAAUGACAUAACAUUUCUUUACCCUGACUUUCCUAAACAUGAAGUUUUCAAAAAGUACUAUUCAGAGCCUCAAACUUUAACCAGUGCGGGCUACAUCCCUUUCUCACUCCGCAUGGAGGCUGGCUCAGAAGCACCUAAUGGUGCCAAUAUGGCACAACACACCGAAAGUCACCACAAUGCUGCCGGGUAUCCACUGGUAGCUGCAGCGAGCUUAACCAAUAUGACGCAUCAUGCUGAAAGCUCUCACAAGGCUGUUGGAUAUCCUCUGGAGACUGGCCCAGUUGUGCCUCUUGUUGCCAAUAUGGCUCCUAUGGCUGAUAGCCCCCACAACUCUGUUGGGUUUGCAAUGCAUCAGUUCCAGCAAUUCAGCCCUGCAGAGUCGCUCGCAACGGACCAGAUGGAGACCUCGGAGUCUCCUGCUGUAGAAUUCAGUUCAAACUCCCCCUCUGUCUUCAAUGAUGACGUGUAGGGCCACAGAUGAUAUGGGCCUAGUCUUGGACAGUCUUCUGAGUUAUUCCUACGGAGAGUAGAGGACAUGGCAUUGUUGUCGUUUGGAGUGCGUAAACAAAACAUUCUGCCUUUGAGGAAAUUCCGCAGCCAGCCUUCACAAUCAGACUGGCAGGUAAAUCGAUUUAGGGCUGCAUGGAAGAAAAAAAAGUAGUGACUCUUUUUACCAAAUCUUUGGCGAUUGGUUAUUUUUUAUUAUUGAACAGAUUACUCAACACUUUACUUAAUGUGUCGCACUUAUGAAAAUGAAAUGGUAAAGAAAUUAAUUUUAAGAUGUUGCAUGAGGCAAAAAGAAUGUUUGAAUUCUCCACCCAUAGGAUGUGAAGCACUUCUUAAACACACCCACUGACAGUAUGCAUGUAAACAGUAUUAGCCAAUGUAGCUGUUUCUACUUUCUAAACUUUCAAAUUAUACAUUUGAAUGUAGAAAUUUUUAUUUUAUGUGAUGCCCACUUCAUAUCAAUUUAUUUUACUUCAAAUCUAUUCACCUUUGACAAUCACUUGCAGUCAGUUAUGCAGAGUGCAUACUUAUGACAGAGUAAUAGGUUUUAUAUUGGUCCUGAAGGGCUAAAUGAACAAUGACAUUUAUAAAGUCUCAACUUAAGCAGCUUUUUAACUGAAUAUUUACCAACAAUAUGUUACCACGCCAAACUAUUAUGUGUGCGGGAAAUAAGUAUAAUGUGAUAUGAAGUACAUUUUUGUGUCUUCAUAUUUUACACUGGUAAUUAGUAAUACAGUAUGUCAUCUGUCAUUUGUGUUACCCUGAAUAUAAUCCUUUAAAAAAACAAAAAAAAACGUGUGCAUUUUUUUCAAUUGUGCGACUUGUCAGUAGAAGCCUGUGCUUUAGAUUUAAAAGAUGCUGUUUUUUUCAACAGUCAGUGUAAAAGUUGACGAUAAACGGACAAGAAAAAAAGAUGUCAAGCAAGAAUUUUGGGACAUGUUUUUUUGGACAUAUAAAAAUAGAUCAAUGCCAUUUGAUUGGGAAGGCAUGCCUGCAGUGUAAAGAAAUGCUGUCCAUUCCAUAAGAGCAUGACGGUGUGAGAACACAAUUGCAUCCACGAGUAGUAAAUGAUUUUCAUUCCUACACAUUCAGCUUCAAGAAUUCCUCAAAUUUUGCUUUAAAAAAAAGAAAA